AGGUAUAAAAAGGUAAGACAAACAUUUAUUGUUGCAUUGGGAGUUUCCGCGACAUCGUGCAAGCUUGUUCUAUGUUGGUUCUCAAUUAAUAUCUACUUCAAGGGAUUAUAUAUUAUAAAUAUUUAUAUCAGGAAAUGGCAGACAUAUAUCAAAAAUGUUUGCGAAAACUGACGUCGGAAAACCAAUUACAAUAUCUGGACUAUCCAAGACCUGAUCCAAGCCGGGAACCAGGAAGAGCUCGUCUAUAUGGCGAUCACUAUGGAUUUACACCAGGAACGUGAAAGCGUUGCUCUCGUCCGUUUGAUAUAACCUUCACGAAACGGUCACCGUGUGACUUCCACAAAGAACCCGCCAGGAAAAUACGUGGUGUCCAGCAUCCUCAUGCUUGUUGCGGUGGCACAUCCGGAUCCAAAGGAUGCAUCAAUGCCCCGGUGGUGUCCAGCAUCCUCAUGCUUGUUGCGGUGGCACAUCCGGAUCCAAAGGAUGCAUCAAUGCCCCGAUCCACACAAAGAAGGGUAUUGAGAUUUGCAAGGUGACGGUCGUUGACUCCAAAUGCAACGUGGUGUACGAUGAGUACUGUUUACCGACCACCGACAUUAUUGACUACAGUACUAUCUGGAGUGGCAUCAAAGAGGAACAUCUGAAGAAUGUAACCAAGACUACCGAGGAGAUGCGCAACGAUCUACUCGCCCUCUUCAACAAGGACACCAUACUGGUGGGACACGGCCUUGGAAGCGAUCUUAUGUUGCUGAAGAUUUUUCACAGUAAAGUGAUUGACACCCUGAUUUUGUACCCCCAUAACCGUGGCCUUCCACUGAGGAGAUCUUUGAAAGACAUCGCAAAAACCGAGCUUAGGAGGGACAUUCAGAACGGGGAUGGCCACGACAGCAAGGAAGAUGCUGAGGUGACGAUGCGCCUGUUGCUCAGGAAACUGUAACCGCUGAGAGUGUUGCUCGUCAUCAUUAAAACAACGAUGUUGAUAAAUACAUUCUAUUCGUAUGUAACCUAAAUUGACAAAAUGAGUUUGAUAAGUUUGCAUGAGGCUUAACAAUCUAUAAAUGUAAAAUUAAUAUGGUGUUUUACUCAUUUUUAAUUGCUAAAUGUUAUCCAUGGGCGUAUCAGCUCAUUCAAACGUGUAUUAAAAUAAUGUAUUACAUAGUUUGCAUAUUAAUCUGUGUUUGUAUAACCUCUGUCUAGUAUUAUAUUAGAUUACUUUAGAAAUAUUUCUAUGCUGUCAAUUGUAAAUGUACAGUAUUUAUUUCCUUAUUAUUUAUGUCACACAUAGCUGUACACGAGUCGUAUUCAUUAUGCUUUCACAAAUAUUUUCUUGUUUUAUUUCUGAAUGCAAUUUAUCAAUUUAUUUGUUAUGUAUGAGGAAUAAAUUGUCCUGUCUUGUCUUGAAUAAAUGUACAUGUACUAUU